UAGGACGCCCGGCUUUCCCGGCGCAUCCUCUGGCAAUACUUUCGUCCCGGCCGCGAUCUCUGCGUCUCGAAGGCCACCAUCCCGGCAGAUCGCGCUGUGCGGAGGCUUGCGGGGCUUUCCCUACGCCUUCCGCGCGUCACCGCCCCCGGCCGCGCGCCCACUGCCGCUCGCCAUGCCCAGGACCCCCGGCUCCGAGUUCAUUGUCGUCCUCGCGGCUCUGGCUGUGCUGCUCGACUGUCCGUGGGCAGCUGACUGUCUCUGGGCGCACGGAGAUGAUCACCGUCUUCACUAUGAUUUCAGCAUUGCUUUCAAUAAACAGCCACGGUGUAUGGUUCAAGGCCAGCUGGAUGGAAAGAAUUAUCUCUCCUAUGACUGUGGAAUCGAUAAGGUCAUAUGUAUGGAUUUCCUGAGCGCGGACGUAAUGGCCACAGAUGCCUGGAAAGAUCAGACUAAGACGCUGAGGGACAUGGGGGACUUGAUCAGACAGCACCUGUCUGACACAGAACCGGAGAAAUAUGCAGACGGAGCUCCCUUCGCCCUGAAGGUCAGGAUGAUUUGUCAGUGCACAGCCGGUGGACGCACCAGGGGGUCCUGGGAGUUUUUCUCGGACGGACAGAGGCUCCUUGUCUUUGACGCGGAGAGAGGAGAGUAUAGAGCCAAUAAUUCCCGAGGUGAACAGAUGAAAGACGAGUGGGAGAGGGAUGAUGAUUUGACCAAGUCCUUCAAUUUCUACUCAACGAGAGACUGCCAGGGCUGGCUGCAGUUCCUGGUGCCCUGGAAGAAAGAGCUGGAGACAGCAGGUAACGGGACACAGGGACGGAGGGGCCAUUCUCUCGAGGACAGACUGAACUGCCGCAGUGGGUGUGUGCAUGAGUGUAUGUGA